AUUUAUCGCAUCCUUGUCCGAAACUCAUCCCUCCCUCUCUAAAACCUCUCUCUCUCUCUCUCUCUCUCACACACACACACACACAUCGAACCUUUCCCCACUCUCUCGUCAGACAUCAGUCUCCCCCACAUCCCAACAAUGGCGGAAACCCUCAUCACUCCUCUCUUACCCAACAACAGCCUCUCCCAGCCGUCCGAUGAGCCUCAAGUGAUCAUAGCCGUCGAUCAAGAACCCUCACGUCAACCCACCACUCGAAACGGCCAGACUAACAAUACCCACUUGGAGACUGAAAACCCAUUUGAGUUUCUUGGCGGUGGGCCGCUCGCCGUGCCGCCGCUGGCCACCGUGGACCCGUUUCGCAACCACACGCCGAGAAUCGAAGGGGUUUACGAGUGGUUCAAGAUCUUGGUUUGCUUGCCCAUUGCGAUUGCUCGGAUUUUAUUGUUUGUGUUGGCUUUAUCUGUUGGGUUUGUGGUGACGAAGUUGGCUCUUCAGGGUUGGAAGGAUAAGGAGAACCCAAUGCCUCAAUGGAGGUGUAGGCUCAUGUGGGUCACCCGGAUUUGUGCCCGGGGUAUACUCUUUUCUUUUGGCUACCAUUGGAUAAAACGCAUAGGAAGACCUGUUCCAAGGGAGACUGCUCCUAUAGUAGUAUCAAACCAUGUAUCAUAUAUUGAACCUAUUUUCUUUUUCUAUGAAUUAUUUCCCACCAUUGUUGCUGCUGAGUCUCAUGAUUCCAUCACUCUCGUCGGAACCAUUAUCAGAGCAAUGCAGGUUAUAUAUGUUAAUAGGUUUUCACCAUCAUCAAGAAAACAUGCUGUUGCUGAAAUAAAGAGAAAGGCUUCUUCCGAUAGAUAUCCUCGUGUGCUUUUAUUUCCCGAGGGAACCACAACAAAUGGAAGACUCCUCAUUUCUUUCCAAGUUGGAGCAUUUGUCCCUGGAUAUCCUGUCCAGCCCGUGAUUGUUCGCUAUCCCUAUGUACACUUUGACCAAUCCUGGGGAAAUAUUGCUUUGGGGAAGCUCAUGCUUAGAAUGUUCACGCAAUUCCACAAUUUCAUGGAGGUAGAGUAUCUUCCAGUUGUUUCGCCACUUGAAGAUCGAAAGGAAAAUCCUGCUCAUUUUGCUCAGAGGACUAGCCGUGCUAUUGCUACUGCUCUUAAUGUUGUACAAACAUCUCAUUCCUAUGGGGAUUUCAUGCUGGUUGCAAAAGCUUCUGAGUCCAAACAGGAAAAUCCCACAGUUUACACGGUUGAAAUGGCAAGGGUGGAGUCGGUAUUCCAUUUAAGCAGCUUGGAAGCUGUGGACUUUCUGGAUACAUUUCUUUCCAUGAAUCCAGAUUCUAGUGGACAUGUCGAAAUCCAUGACUUCUUAAGGGUUCUGAGAUUGAAGGCAUGCAAUCUUUCUGAAAAGAUAUUUGGGGUCCUCGACGUGGAGAAGAAGGGUAAAAUAACAUUCAAACAGUUCCUAUAUGGGUCAGCACACGUCGUGAAGCAACCAUUAUUCCGCCAAGCCUGUGAAUUAGCCUUUGCCGAGUGUCAAACUGACAGAAACAAUUGCAUUUCUGAAGAACGAGAAUUUGGAAAUUCCAUUAGGUGGGCAAUUCCAAACAUGAAUGAGUAUGAGAUGCAAGAACUCUACAGAUUAUUCGAUACCGAUGGUGAUGGAAGGAUCAGUAAGGAUGAUUUUUGUGCCUGUUUAAGAAGAAAUCCACUGCUCAUAGCGCUUUUCUCGCCGCAGUUAUUAGUUCACAAGAACUUUGCCAGAAGUUGUGAUGGGAUGUUGAAGAAGACGGUUUCGAUGGGUCAGCUGUAUUCUGUUGGUUCUGCUCUGUGAAACCUUUUUUCUGCUUUCACAGGGGACUGGAGUGAAGGUCACUGCGUUGACAUUUUGGUUAGUACUUGUUUGGGGCUUCUUUUUGUGUUUCUUUUGCUAUUCUCUUGCAGACAUGACAAAAACACUGCUGUGGUUUACUUGGUGAAAGAUCCAUAGGAAAAGGUAAAACAUAUUACAGAACCAUUACAAUCCCACAACCACCACAUUUGCUAUCUCGAAUUCCGAAAUUUUUGACGUUUUCAUUCGUUAUUGGAUGGUGAUACCACAUUUUAGUAAUGAAAGUGCUAUUCUCUCUUUA